AUGUCUACGAGUUCAAGAGUUCAAGCAUUUCUUCAAAGAGCUCAAGAACUUAAUACUGUCCCUGCUAAACCUCAGCAGCCUCCUCCAAGACAAGUAACAUCACCUCCUAGAAUGAAACCUUCUACUAUCUCUCCAAUAACAACUCCCAAACCACCCCGUCCUUCUGUAUCUCCAAUUCACGAAUCCAAGCUUUCAGAAUCUGACAUAAAAGUUCCUGAACUUUCUCAAACUCUUCAACCAAAGCCUCAAAAACCUUUAAUUUCAACAAUAAAGCCUCCUCCUAUAAAUAUUGCCACAUCUCCUCGAGGUUUAGCUACAGCUCGCCCUAGAUAUUCAACUCCAACUUCAACACUCCGACAAACUCCUCCAAGGAACAGACAAAGAUCAGCAUCUCCCGCUAGCAGAUCUGCCUCUCCAGUUAAUAUCCCUUAUUAUAAUGAUUAUUUUUAUUAGCCACUUUCUAUAACCUAAAAAUUAAAAAUUAGCUUAAAAAAUUUUUAAAAAUCUUGAUCCUGAAACUAUUAAUGAAGUCGAAAAACUAGUUGACUCAUUGAUUGAAUCUAGACGUAAAUUUGCUGAGCAGGCUAAAGCUCAAGAAGAAAACGAGCUAGAACUUAUAAGCCAAAUAAAAAAUUCUCUACAAAAACCUGGAGAAGCUUUAGAUCCGAUUCAGCAAGCAGAAAUGUAAUUGAGAAUUAGGGCAUAUAAAAAGAAAACAGAAAAGCUAUUGAAAGUGGUGAAAGAUGAAGCAUUAAUUAUGGAUAAGAAAUUAUUGGUCUUGCAGCAGGAAAAUGAGCAGCUAAAACAGCAACUGGCAGGUAAAGAAGAAAAUAAAUCGAAUUCGAGAUCAUCAAGCAGGGGAGAUGGAAAUUUUAGCGGAUUAAGCGAAACAGAAAUAAUGCAGAAACUAAAUGAAUUAGUUCCACCUGAUAAUGAAGGAGAUUAUACAAAUUUUAUUGAUUCAGAAAUUUUAUUGCUCUUCCAACUUUGUGAAAUAAAAAAUGAUCCAGAAACAAAUAAAAAGCUUUGUAUAGCACUUUCUAGCUCCCCAUCCCUGAUCAAUCCAAUAUAUACUGAUCAAGAAUGGGGGAAAAAAUAUUAGUUUUAUGUUAAUUUGUUUCCCUAUAAAAUAUUUUAUGCGUUAGCCACUAGAUAUAUAUUAUAUAAUAUAUUACAAAAUGCUAAAAUCACGUUAGAUGAGAGAUUAUGCAGCAUAAUCUUUAUUAAUUAGCAUUAAAAAUAGAUAGUUAGAUUCGUGGUGGAGAAUUUUUUGACUGUAUGCAUAUCGUUAGAUAAAGGAUGGGGAUUAUAAAAAUUUUCUUAAAGUAUAGAAAUUUUCAAUGGUUUAGUUCAAUCAUGGAUGGUGGUAAUAAAGAAACUUGUCCAUGAGCAACAACAAAGAUUCAAAACUGAAGAGCAAGCCCAAAAAAUGAUAGCAGAAGAUCAGAAACUAAUCUCAUCAUUAGAAGAAAAGUUGAAAAUGCUUGAAGGGAAAGGAGGAGCCGAUACAAUCGAAUUGCAUUCUUAA